UACUGAGUUAUUUAAUGAAAACGGGAGGAAAUCUAUUUUUCUGGAUCUAAGAAAAGUUAAAUGUACGUGUUGGGACGUUAGAAUGUAUUUAAGUUUUAUUUUUUUUUAAAUGUGUGAAUGUUUUGCUAUCUUACCUAAAUGGUGAUUGGUGAUUGUAUUCAAAACAACGUAGCGAGGAAUUCAGGUGAAAUUUUGUAAAUGUGGAAGAUGCUUCAUAGUUUAAGAAAAACAACCUAGGUUAUUUAAUAAGAUCGACAGGACACAAUUCAUCAUGUUUAUCACAGAAAUAUUAUAUUUCUUGAAAACUUCUAAAAUUAAAUCAACUUAGUAAUAUCAGUAUUUUCACGCGUAUGAUUAAAUAGAUUUAAAUUUUCAUUCCAUAGUAUUUAUUGAUAGUCUAAAUAACAUUUUUUAAAUAGCUCAAUUCAUUUAAGAUUUGUUUGAUGACAAGGACGCCAAAUUUUAAAUGUUGUAGAUAGAGUAACAUAACUUCUUUAAGGUGGACUGUCCGUUGUGUGGGUACUGUUAUAUGCGACACUGCCAUCUUGCUGGACGAUCACGUGACAUUUUGUGUCUCACGCAGACCGAUGGGGAAUACAUUUACAAAUGCUUGAUAACAGACAGGACGGGAUAACAACUGGUAACCAAGGAAUCAUGAGUCAUACAUCACCAUGCAGGUGUAUGCUGGUAGUUAUCGUUAUCGUCUGCGGUAAGUUGACUAAUGCUGUACUGACAAUGCUGUCUCCUCUGAGUUACACUUGAGGUGGAACUAAUUUUUUUUUAAACUUUACCUAGAUCAUUUUAAUCUUUAAAAAUAUCUACUUUUAUGCUACAAAUAUUCCAGUUUUCUAUUUGAUUAUCUAUACAGCAAUGUAGCAGUCACCACGACGAAAUAUUACACGUAUUAUAUAUGUAUAUGUAUUUUACAUAUCAUAUGACAUUAAGCAAUUUGUCUUUGGGGAACCGUCCUUAAGUUAUUUAUCAAAAUGUCUAAUGACCUUAAUUAAAAUUAUGAUCACCCGGGUCCAGCAUUCAGAUCGCUGACACCACAAAUUAAAAGGCGCCCUCUCUGGGAUUAGGAUUCUGACAAGCAAAUCAAAUUCCUAUCUCUAAGUAUUACGUUUUUUUUUUGUUUUUUUUUUUUUUGUAACGAUGAAAUGGUGAUGAUGUUACUUGUAUUUAUUACUUAUUUUAUUUAUUUACAUUCACAGACGUCCAUGAUUAUCUAACAAAGCAUGAUGGCCAGAACUCCAAGACUUUUUAGCAUUUUUUUUUUUUGUUUUUUUUUUUUUUUGUAACGAUGAAAUGGUGAUGAUGUUACUUGUAUUUAUUACUUAUUUUAUUUAUUCACAUUCACAGACGUCCAUGAUUAUCUAACAAAGCAUGAUGGCCAGAACUCCAAGACUUUUUAGCAUCACAACAUUUAUUUACUGAAUAAUGUACACCACAUGAAAUCUUAUCAUAAACCAGAGCAAACAUAAUUGUCAUCACUUCUUCCACGUCGUAUUUGUUGAAUCAACAUUAAGAUGCUGUUUUAAUACAAAAGUAAUCAUAGCAAGAAUAAAGAGAUGUACUCAACGGCAAUCCAUCCGGUUUCUUCCCUGUGUAUCCCUUAACUUCCUGGUUCUUUAAUUUAAAAAAAAAACAACAAUACAUUAUUCUGAAACAAACUUAAUAAUCUACAAAUUUGAUCUGUGACAGUUUAAAAAAAGUAAAAUGAAAAGGAAAAAAAAUAACAGCCGAUUGAUCUGUUUCAUCCAAAACUAGAGAAGACGCGGUCAUUUUCAACUGGUCAACUCUACAACACAAAGGUCAUUUAUUUCAGGAUUUAUGCAUUUCUUUAUAAAAGAGAACAAAAAGUUUUGUUGACUCUGACCGUCCAUCAUGUCCAGACAUGGGUGGCUUGGACUUGGGGAGGCGAGGUCAAGAUUUUUACCAAGCUGUUUUUAAAUGAAUCAUUUUAUGGAACUGUUUUUUUAAUGUCAUGUUUUUCUUUUCUUUUUGCUAAUUUUUAUGUGCAGAGUGGUGGGCCUUACCCUAAGCUGGGGUACCGUGCACUAUGAGACCACGUUUAUUCAUAAUAAUAAUAGUAAUACAUUUUCUAGAUAUUAAUUGAAUUGUUAUGUUCAGAUAUUUUUGUAAACAUUUUGAUGUCCGACAAUCCAGGAUCGCCUGGCAAACGACUUACUUUUUUUACAUAUCUCACAUUUGUACCUAUUUGUACCAACUUUUUCCACCUUCAGUUCAGUGGCGUAUUGUACGUGGGGGCUGCACGUUUCCAUCUGACAUCCGGGACAAGUGGACACGAAGUCGGGACUCCAGAAAUCUGACGUUCACGAACACACAGGUGUCCGGCAUGAGUGUCAAGUGGAACACGCAGACGAUGGAUCCUUUUCUGUGCCACUCCACUUCCGGCAAUAAAUACGUCAUGUAAGUAUGUAGGGAAUGCUCUUCAAAUAAAUACACGUCAUGUAAGUAUGUAGGGAAUGUUCUUCAAAUAAAUACACGUCAUGUAAGUAUGUAGGGAAUGCUCUUCAAAUAAAUACACGUCAUGUAAGUAUGUAGGGAAUGCUCUUCAAAUAAAUACACGUCAUGUAAGUAUGUUGGGAACGCUCUUCAAAUAAAUACUCGUCAUGUAAGUAUGUAGGGAAUGCGCUUCAAAUAAAUACACGUCAUGUAAGUAUGUAGGGAAUGCUCUUCAAAUAAAUAGACGUCAUGUAAGUAUGUAGGGAAUGCUCUUCAAAUAAAUACACGUCAUGUAAGUAUUUAGGGAAUGCUCUUCAAAUAAAUAGACGUCAUGUAAGUAUGUAGGGAAUGCUCUUCAAAUAAAUACACGUCAUGUAAGUAUGUAGGGAAUGCUCUUCAAAUAAAUACACGUCAUGUAAGUAUGUAGGGAAUGCUCUUCAAAUAAAUAGACGUCAUGUAAGUAUGUAGGGAAUGCUCUUCAAAUAAAUACACGUCAUGUAAGUAUGCAGGGAAUGCUCUUCAAAUAAAUACACAUCAUGUAAGUAUGUAGGGAAUGCUCUUCAAAUAAAUAGACGUCAUGUAAGUAUGUAGGGAAUGCUCUUCAAAUAAAUACACGUCAUGUAAGUAUGUAGGGAAUGCUCUUCAAAUAAAUACACGUCAUGUAAGUAUGUAGGGAAUGCGCUUCAAAUAAAUACACGUCAUGUAAAUAUGUAGGGAAUGCUCUUCAAAUAAAUACACGUCAUGUAAGUAUGUUGGGAAAGCUCUUCAAAUAAAUACACGUCAUGUAAGUAUGUUGGGAAUGCUCAUCAAAUAAAUACUCGUCUUGUAAGUAUGUAGGGAAUGCGCUUCAAAUAAAUACACGUCAUGUAAGUAUGUAGGGAAUGCUCUUCAAAUAAAUACACGUCAUGUAAGUAUGUUGGGAAUGCUCAUCAAAUAAAUACUCGUCAUGUAAGUAUGUAGGGAAUGCGCUUCAAAUAAAUACACGUCACGUAAGUAUGUAGGGAAUGCUCUUCAAAUAAAUACACUUCACGUAAGUAUGUUGGGAAUGCUCUUCAAAUAAAUACACGUCAAGUAAGUAUGUAGGGAAUGCUCUUCAAAUAAAUACACGUCAUGUAAGUAUGUUGGGAAUGCUCUUUAAAUAAAUACACGUCAUGUAAGUAUGUUAGGAAUGCUCUUCAAAUAAAUACACGUCAUGUAAGUAUGUUAAGAAUGCUCUUCAAAUAAAUACAUGUCAUGUAAGUAUGUAGGGAAUGCUCUUUAAAUAAAUACACGUCAUGUAAGUAUGUAGGGAAUGCUCUUCAAAUAAAUACACGUCAUGUAAGUAUGUAGGGAAUGCUUUUUAAAAUUGUUUGCGGUUACUUUGUAAUGUCUAGUAGUUACAUUUCAUUUACAAUUUUUUUUUUUUUUUGCUAUAGACAGUUCGGUAAUUAGAGAAAGAAUGUUCUAGUGGUUUUUUCCCUAAGAUCACUUUGGGUAAAAUUAUACGCUUAACUAUUACUAGCGUUGAGAUGAAAGCCGGACACUAUAAUCUAUUACAAGAAUGUUACAAAGCAAAUUCACAAAGUAUAUUCUAUAGGAAACCCCGUAAGUCAGUCGGGACGUGUGGGUCAGUUAGUCAGACGGGACGUGUGGGUCAGUUAGUCAGACGGGACGUGUGGGUCAGUUAGUCAGACGGGACGUGUGGGUCAGUUAGUCAGACGGGACGUGUGGGUCAGUUAGUCAGACGGGACGUAUCGGUCAGUUAGUCAGACGGGACGUGUGGAUCAGUUAGUCAGACGGGACGUGUUUGUCAGUUAGUCAGUCGGGAUGUAUGGGUCAGUUAGUCAGUCGGGACGUAUGGGUCAGUUAGUCACACGGAGCGUAUGGGUCAGUUAGUCACACGGGACGUAUGGGUCAGUUAGUCGGUUGGGACGUAUGGGUCAGUUAGUCAGACGGGACGUAUGGGUCAGUUAGUCAGAUGGGACGUAUGGGUCAGUUAGUCAGACGGGACGUAUGGGUUAGUUAGUCAGACGGGACGUAUGGGUCAGUUAGUCAGACGGGACGUAUGGGUCAGUUAGUCAGACGGGACGUAUGGGUCAGUUAGUCAGACGGGACGUGUGGGUCAGUGAGUCACACGGGAGUAUGGGUCAGUUAGUUAGACGGGACGUAUGGGUCAGUUAGUCAGUCGUGCAUAAGCCAACGAAUAGAAACGUUAUUGGAUGUAAGUUUUUUGUUCAAUUUAUUCAGCAGAUAUUUUGGGACAAUUUUAAAAUGACCUAACCGAUGAAACAUCCUAAGGAUACAUUGUUAAAUGACCUAACCGAUGAAAUAUCCUCAGGAUACAUUGUUAAAGUGACCUAACCGAUGAAACAUCCUAAGGAUACAUUGUGAAUGUGACUGAAUUGAUAAAGAUUCUUUGUUAAAAUGACUUGUUGAUGCAUUGUUGAAAUGACUUAUGUAAUGUUGAACCUUUGAUGAUAGACUUGGGCACAUUUUGACCAUGGUUAAAAUGACUUGGCCUCUGACCAAGAAACUGGACGACCCAAACUGACCUUCCUAAGACAUCAUUUUGUCUAAGGUCAGUGCUCUCAUCUUUCACUCUGCCUCCUUUGGGUGCUUGACUAUGCAGCUGCCUGGAAUAAGUUAACCGUGUUAAAUAAAGUCCCACUUCUCUUUACAGAUAUGCCAAUUACACUGGUUUGCUUGGAACAGACAGCUACUAUGUCUGUUGGGAACUGGUCAGAGUAACUGCUAAUGCAUAUAUCAUCUAUGACCUAUCAGGUAACACUGGAUAACAUUUAAGACCCAUCAGGUAACACUGGGUAACAUUUAAAACAUAUUAGGUAACACUGGGUAACAUUUACGACCUAUCAGGUAACACUGGGUAACAUUUGUGGGACCUAUAAGAUAACACUGGGUAAUAUUUUUUUAAAAUUUUGUUUAAAUAUCAAGUAACAAGGGGUAACAUGUAUGACCUAUCGGAUAACACUGGAUAACAUUUGUGACCUAUCAGGUAUCAUUGUGUAACAUUUAAGACCUAUCAGGUAACACUGUGUGAUAUUUAUGACCUAUCAGGUAAUAAUGAGUAACAUUGUGACCUAUCAGGUAACACUGGGUAACAUUUGUGACCUAUCCAGUAAUUAUGCGUAAUUUUUGUGACCUAUCCGGUAACAAUGGGUAACAUCUAUGACAUAUCAGGUAACAACGCAGCCUGUAUGGCCUACAAGGUAACAGUGAAAUACAGUGGCCGAACCAAACUACUCCAUCCAACUACUGAACCUGCUUAAAUUAAUAACUUUCUAUUCAGGUAUCGUAAAUGGGACUGGCUUCGAAUCAGGAAGAAAUGGCUAUGUGCUGCCAGGUGAUAACCCACUGGACAUUACGAAAGCUUGCAGCAAGAGCGUCACGACAGAGUUCUUUUCAACCCUGAUUAAAUCUGGUAACAUUAAUUUAUAAGGAACUUUUUACAAUGAACUGCCGACCUUGACCUUGAUAUGCCCCUUGGCGAUGUAGUCCUUUUGUGUAUAUCCGCUGACAAAACUUGACAGAUUCUUACCUUUAUAUAUCCCUUCAAUGAAACCAACGGUGCUUAAAAUAUGGCGACUUCACCUUUUGUAGACUGUUUAUCGACACUUGUACCCAACACACACACACAGAGGGAGAGAGAGAGAGAGAGAGAGAGAGACAGAGACAGACACACAGACAUACAAUACUUUUACAAUAUAUAAAUGUCACACAUUAAAAUAUUUUAAAUUUAAAUUGUACAGCAGAAAAUGCAGUAUAUCGAUGUCGAUAUAUUUAACAUGAUGUAAAUUGUAUUCGUUUAGGAAUAUCUAUUAUAUUAGGAUUAUAGGAUUAUAUUAUAUUCUAUUAGGAAAAUCCGAUAAGAAUGUUGAAAUGUUUUUACUUAAAUCAGACCCCCGUUUCUUGUUCAAUAAAUCAACAUUUCUUGACCUGUUCAACGAAUUAUGCCUCGGUUAACCUUUAAAUGGAUCACCCUUUCAUUUCCCGUCCAAUUAAUCAUCCAUACAUUCUCUGUUCAAUGAAUUAUUCCUUCAUUCCGCGUAAAAUGAAUCACCCCUCCUUUCCAUGUUAAAUGAAUCACCCUUCUGUUCCCUGUUAAAUGAAUCAUCCCCCCGUUCCCUGUUAAAUGUAUCAUCCCCCUGUUCCCUGUUAAAUGAAUCAUCACUCCAUUCCCUGUUAAAUGAAUCACCCUUCCGUUCCCUGUUAAAUGUAUCAUCCCCCCGUUCUUUGUUAAAUGAAGCAUCACUCCGUUCCCUGUUAAAUGAAUCCCUCUUCCGUUCCCUGUUAAAUGAAUCAUCCCUCCGUUCCCUGUUAAAUAUAUCAUCCCCCAGUUCCCUGUUAAAUGAAUCAUUCGCCGGUUCCCUUUUAAUUGUAUCAUCCCCCCGUUCCCUGUUAAAUGUAUCAUCCCCCCGUUCCCUGUUAAAUGUAUCAUCCCCCCUUCCCUGUUAAUUGUAUCAUCCCCCCGUUCCCUGUUAAAUGAAUCAUCCCUUCGUUCCUCGACAUGUUAUUUUCCACCUGGAUCGACUGAUCACAAGUCUAGCACAAUCUUAACACCCAGGGUCGACAUCAAAUGAUGUAGCGGUGGCCUGCCCUUCAGUUCUGAACGCAACCUUCUCCUAUGGAACAUGUCCCACCACGGCCCUCGACUUUUGCCCAAACGGGAAGACCGGGGUCAUGGACUACACAGCAUGUACAACUCUAGUCUUUCGAUCAGGUGAAACUCAUCAACUCUUUACAUAAGUUACAUUGUUUUAGAGUAGGUAACACAUUUAUUUAAAUGACUAGCUGCCAACAAAAUGACAGUUGAUCAGAAAAAUGGAAAAGUUGCAUAUAUCAGUCUUACUAGAACUAUUUUUUGAAAUGUUCUUGAGUGCUACAUGUGCCAUUGAUUGCUACAUAUGUCAUUGUUUGCUACAUUUGUCAUUGGUUGCUACAUCUUUCAUUGACGCUACACAUAUGUCAUUGAUUGCUAUAAUUUUCAUAUAUGCUACAUUUUUAUUUAUUACUACAUUGGUCAUUAAUUUGCUACAUUUUUAUUGAGUGCUACAUUUGUCAUUGAGUGCUACAUUUUUCAUUGAUUGCUACAUUUUUCAUUGAGUGCUACGUCUUUCAUUGAUUGCUACAUUUGUCAUUGAGUGCUACAUUUUUCAUUGAUUGCUACAUUUGUCAUUGAGUGCUACAUUUUUCAUUGAUUGCUACAUUUUUCAUUGAGUGCUACAUCUUUUAAUCAUUGCUACAUUUGUCAUUGAGUGCUACAUUUUUCAUUGAUUGCUCCAUUUGUCAUUAAUUUGCUACAUUUUUCAUUGAUUGCUACAUUUGUCAUUGAGUACUACAUCUUUCAUUGAUUGCUACAUUUGUCAUUACUUUGCUACAUUUGUCAUUGAUGCUACAUUUUUCAUUGAUUUCUACAUUUUUCAUUGAGUGCUACAUUUGAAGAAAGAGUUUCCCCCGUUCCUGUGCCUGUUGCAUUCUAACGUCUUGGCUUCAUCAUUUCAGUCAGUGGCCAGGUGACAUGCAUGGGUCAAGUGGCUAGGGGUACGGACAUUUAUCUCAAUUUGUUUGAGCCUGGGAGCGUUAUUUGUUGGGUGAGUGGUACAUACAACAAUUUAAUGUAUGCCUCAUUAACUAUAAUGCAUCAAUUUAUUGGUUGAGGAGGGCACAUGAAAUAUUUUCAUCUUCCUGUAGUUUGGGAGCUAUAGGGUGCGGUGAUGCGGACCGCACCUGGUUGACACCAUUUCAAGGUGAAAAAUUACAUAUUUGCAGGGCGCUCACUAUCCCAGCGUAACCGAAUCUCACAAAAGGAUAACCGAUUAAAUGUACACUUUCCACACGUGUAACCAAUCGAACUGCGUGCUUUAUUAAAAGUUCAAGGCUGAUGCGUCAGACAUGUGGUGACCCUAUGACAAGUCAGAAAAACACCAUGAUUCAACGCCGAUUGAGGUGUUAGGUAAAAUUUCAUGACAAGAAGCAUUGGCACCGAAUACGAUGUGGUCGAAAGAUUCUAACUACAUGUUAAAAUUAUUAAAGAGAUUUACCUCCUGGCCCUCAUUUAAUUUUUUUUUUGUUUGCGUGUGCUUGUCGUUGUUAUAAUGUGGACUCAUUUUAACUAGAAGAAAUCCAACGUGGAAUUCGGGGGGGGUGAUGGGGAGAGUGGGGGAUGGGGUGAAACAAUAAGUUGACCUCACCGGGUGAGACCAACCCUAGUGAAACUACGGGGGGGGGAGGGGGGGUGGCAUAAAUCCAACGUGGAAUUCGGGGGGGGUGAUGGGGAGAGUGGGGGAUGGGGUGAAACAAUAAGUUGACCUCACCGGGUGAGACCAACCCUAGUGAAACUACGGGGGGGGGAGGGGGGGUGACACCAUUAGUUCACCGCACCGGGUGACACCAGCCCUAGUGGCGCCACUGGUUUUAUGAAAAUACUUGUUCUUUACAACUGCUUUGUGUUCAUGCGUGCUGUCUUAAAGUUAAAUAGAGUGUUUAAGAAUUAAAAUGUUACUCACGUAUGUUCCUUGUUAAAUCAAUUAGAGGUCUUCUCUUUUGCUCGUGUGUUGUUUGUUGAGUCGAAGUCUUCCGAAGUCUAAUUGACCCACCUCCAGUCAUCGCAUCGAGCUGAAACUUGGAACAUAAAAUCGUUGCCGAUGACAACACAUUUUAUCAAAUUUUCAGCCCCACCCCAACCCACCCUUAAACCCUCAAAAUCAGUUUUUCCUAUAUUAAGAUAAAGAAAAUAUGAUUUCUUUUUCAAUUGGUGCGUGUUUUGGUCAAGAGAUUACUUGUGUUGCCCUUGCUAUGUGCUUUGUAUUUGUGGUGAAUUUGGGUUCAAAUAUAUUUUUAGUUUAUUAAGUUCUGCAUGCAAUAAGGUUGAUAAAAAUAGCAUUCCCGUACCGACAAUUAGUUUUUGCAGUCACAUAAAUGAUAAAUUACUUAGUAUUACGUAAUUGCAAACCAAAGAUAUGCAUAUAAAUGAAUUGUAUGAAAAAUUUGUUUUAGAUGUUGAUUAAUUUUGAAUACUAUUAUUUCAGAAAUCGGGCCUUUAAAAAAUUAAAUCCCCGUUAAGACAUUUUCUGAUAAUAAACUUUGGUAGCCCUGAAGUCAGUUUUCUUUAUUUUAUUGUGUUAAUUACUUUUUUAGUUUUUAGUUUUGGAGACGACAUGUUUGUUGCCAUGUUUGUCGCCAUGUUGGUCGCUAUGUUCGUCGCCAUGUUUGUCGCCACCUUUGUCGCCAUGUUUGUCGCCAUGUUUGUCGCCAACUUUGUCGCCAUGUUUGUCGCCACCUUUGUCGCCUGUUUGUCGCCAUGUUUGUCGCCAUGUUUGUCGCCAUGUUUUCCUGGAUAGUUGUUACCGGUAACUUAAAGAAAUGAGCGUUAAGCAUUUCAUUUCUGUUAUAAUGCAACGAUUCAAUGAUUUCUUCUAUUAGCAUAAUUAAUUAAAUUAAAGUUUUGCCAAUUUUUUAUCUCAUAAGUAUAUUAAAACAUUUUUUUUAAAAAUCCUUUACCAUAGAGAGUUCCAGACAAGGGAAGUAAUUCGAUCUCAGUGGAGUACUUCACUGGCGACUGUACGACUGUGAACAACGGGGGCUCGGAUACCAUCACACUGACGCAGACGAAGAAUUGUGAUCUUACCACAACAACAGCCUCCACAACCACAACCACACCAUCCACCGUGACAACGAAAUCGACAACGUCUUUGUCUAGCACAGGUAGUCACGUAGCACAGGUAGUCAUGUAGCCCAGUUAGUCACGUGGCACAGGUAGUCAUCUAGCGCAGGUAGUCAUGUAGCCCAGGUAGUCACGUGGCACAGGUAGUCAUGUAGCGCAGGUAGUCAUGUAGCCCAGGUAGUCACGUGGCACAGGUAGUCAUGUAGCGCAGGUAGUCAUGUAACACAGGUAGUCAUGUAGCACAGGUAGUCACGUAGCACAUGUAGUUAUGUGGCACAGGUGGUCAUGUAGCACAGGUGGUCUCGUUUGUCUACGACUUCAUUUCCGCUGACGUCUACGCGGUAGCCAUGUAGUAACUAUCUCUCAUUUGUCCAGCAAAGGUAGCCAUGUAGAAACUAUCUCUCAUUUAUCCAGCAAAGGUAGCCAUGUAGAAACUAUCUCUCAUUUGUCCAGCAAAGGUAGCCAUGUAGAAACUAUCUCUCAUUUGUCCAGCGAAUGUAGCCAUGUAGAAACUAUCUCUCAUUUGUCCAGCAAAGGUAGCCAUGUAGAAACUAUCUCUCAUUUGUCCAGCAAAGGUAGCCAUAUAGAAACUAUCUCUCAUUUUUCUAGCAAAGGUAGCCAUGUAGAAACUAUCUCUCAUUCGUACUAUAGACGAUGAAUCGUGUUUUGAUUGUAACAACGUAACAGGGAUCAUGGGUAAAUAAUUUUUUUUAAAAAGCCGGUGAGACUGAAUUAUAGUUCCUGGAAACCGACCCAAAAAAUCCUUAACACGCGAACCUAGGGCGCCAACUUCCAUCAACACAUCGUUACACCUGGGGUGCAGCUAGGUUCAGGCAGAUUGUCCACGACAACGUGGAGAGGCCUCGACGUGCCGCUGGGGGCCUCGUGUGUCAUGAUGGUGUGAUAUUGCUACCAGUAGCCAAUAGGCUUUUUUCGAAACUCUUUUAAAAUAACAUUAGAAUAAGAGUACACUAAUUUGAGCAAUCACAAACGGAAUCAACUUUUUUUUUAUCAUCCUUUCGAAACGAAUGACGUGGAUCAGGAUAAGACUACCGCAAGUAUGGUUAACCUCUUUAUUUAGCGGAGUUACGCCCCCUGGUGACACAUCGGAACAAUAAUAUCACGUGUCAGGAAUCAGCUUUAUUUCAAACGUGUUUCCAGAUUUGUUUGCACUUAGUCAAACACAGGUAAAAUAUGAUUCUACCUUUGAUGAAAAUUUGAUGCAGAAAUAGACUUUGAUACCCUUUAAACUAACAUACAAGAAACAGUGAAUACACUUUUGAAACAAAAAAACCCUGUUAUUUUCAAAAAAACUAAGUGAAGAAAAAUCUCUCAUUCAGAUCCCAGUGCAACCACAGCCGGGACCAAGUCACCAUCAAGUUCUAGCGACUCGGCUGCUGUAGGAGUUGGGGUCGGGGUCAGUUUUGGGGUCAUUGCACUGAUCGCCUUGUGUGUCCUUGCCGUUAUUCUGAUCAGGAAAAAUAACCUCAUGGUCAAAGUGGCGGGUAAGUUUGUUUGUAGUGUCAUGGGCGCGGUCAUGACGGCACAAUGUUUGCAGGGCGCAAAAAAAAAAAAAAAAAACAAAAUAAUGUUUCAGCCUCACUCCCAUGGAGAUGUUGAAAAAUAUAUAUUUCGCUACCGUAAGACUUAGAAUAUAUAUGUGUCUUUAGUGCCAUGAGGCGUGUCUAGUUAACGACACUCAUCCGAGACCAUCUUCUGCAAACGAUCAUUUGUCCGUAAAAUGUCAUGAACCUAUUGAAGACCCAAUUCUUUGUCAGAAGACAAAUGUAUUGUUUGACUACUUAAAUAUUUUUCCUAUUUGUGGGUUUAACUGAGAAAAAUGUUGACAUUCAAGUUGCUUCCUGUAACUGUUUCGAUAAAUAAACUGUUUAAUCACAAUUUUUAUUAAUAAAUGUUCAAUGAAAAAUGUUCAGUCACAACUGUUCAAUCAUAUUCCGAUCCUCAGAUCUGAGAAGUAAGCAGAAAGCCUCGGCUGAAAAGAAGAAAGCGAAAAUCGCAAAGAAUGAGAACCCUGAAAACAGUGACGUGAAUCCUAUUAUAAACGGCAGAGAAACGAUAACUCGGCCAAACACCCGCUUACCUCCCAUUACUAAUGGAAAGGCUCCUCCCCCUAACGGUUAAGGAGGCUAACGAUCUUCAUCUUGACUGUUUGACUUGUUUACAGGCUAAAGUGUUUAAUGUUUUUAUAUUAUGUUUACUGUUAUUGGCAGGGAGGAGACAUUUACAGGAAACUCUGAAGAAAGACAAUAACAAAAAGUGAACGUUUCGGCCAAAAGCCUUCGACAGCAAAGCAAGUAAAAGACGGAGACAAACUCACUUAGUUAGUUUAGACUUGUAGUCCACAGGGAAUGGUAGACACAUUCAACUAAGAAAGUGACCCAUGAAAUCAAAGAAGAUGCGUUUUUAUUUAUAUCUCAUCUUUUAUGUUUUAAAGAUUUUUUUGAGAUUGACAGGUUUUUCUCUACCAUUUGUAAAUGUAUUAUUGCUUUAACAACCACAGAGUCCUCCCUGUAUUUAUUAUUUUAAUUUUACUAUCAUAAUGAUUUUAGUAUUAUUAUUAUUAUUAUUAUGUGGUUUUAUGCAGCGCAGUACCCCAGCCUAGGGCCUGGCUCACUGCGCUUCACAUAAAAAUUAGUGCUACAGAAACGUUAACAUAUACAAACAACGAUUGAUGAAAAGUUUGACCUCACCCACCCAAGCACUAUCUACCCAUGUGUAGCCACGGACAGCGCCCAGAAAAGUCGAGCGUUUUUUAUCAGUUAGAGUGGUGAGAAUGAGUCGGUAUUGUAGAGUUUGAAGAGAUGGGUCUUGAGGGCAGUUUUGAAGAGAUGAGUCUUGAGGGCAGUUUUGAAGAGAUGAGUCUUGAGGGCAGUUUUGAAGAGAUGGGUCUUGAGGGCAGUUUUGAAGAGAUGGGUCUUGAGGGCAGUUUUGAAGAGAUGAGUCUUGAGGGCAGUUUUGAAGAGAUGGGUCUUGAGGGCAGUUUUGAAGAGAUGGGUCUUUAUGGCAGUUUUGAAGAGAUG